GUGCUAUCAUGUAUUUCUUCGAUCAGUCGCACGGGAAUAUUCGCCAGAACCAGAAACACUGCGAGGUCCUCCAAGCGAAGUGGAUCCGGAAUAUAAUCCUAACAAAUAGAAACACACAAAAUCAUGGAGAUGCAAGUGGGAUGGCCCAAGCUGCUGAAGAUGGGAGCGCAGUUGGUGGGCCACAAGGUGCAACAGUACCGGCUCUCCACGGGCCACACAGUGGUUUUGGACACCAAGUACGGACAGGUGCGCGGACUCCAACGGAAGACGGUCUAUGAUAAGGAGCCGUACUACGCCUUCGAGGGUAUUCCCUACGCCAAGCCGCCCGUGGGUGACCUCCGGUUCAGGGCUCCUCAGCCACCGGAUCCCUGGCAAGGAGUGCUCAGCUGCACUACCAAUCGGUCCAAGCCGAUGCAGAGGAACAUGCUGCUGGGAAUCGUCGAGGGCAGUGAGGACUGUUUGCACCUAAACGUUUAUGUCAAAGCCCUGGAGUCGCAAAAACCGCUGCCCGUGAUUGUGUGGAUUUAUGGCGGUGGUUUCCAAAAGGGCGAGGCCUCCAGGGACGUCUACAGUCCCGACUACUUCAUGAAGCAGUCAGUGGUAUUCGUCUCUAUCAACUACAGGUUGGCAGCACUAGGAUUCCUCAGUCUAAAGGACCCGAGGCUGGAUGUUCCCGGAAACGCGGGUCUGAAGGACCAAGUAAUGGCUCUGCGUUGGAUAAGCCAGAACAUCGCCCACUUCAAUGGCGACCCCAACAACAUCACACUGAUGGGAGAAAGUGCAGGAUCCGCUUCAGUCCACGUGAUGAUGACCACGGAGCAAACACGUGGUCUCUUCCACAAGGCCAUCAUGCAGUCGGGAUGUGCGCUCAGCGAAUGGGCGGAAAGUCCGGACAACAACUGGGCCUUCCGGUUGGCCCAGAACCUGGGCUAUAAGGGCGCCGAGAAGGACGCGGAUGUACUAAGUUUUCUUAGCAAGGUGAGCGCUCGUCAGAUAGCGGCCAUUGAUCAGGACGUUAUCAGUAGGGAUGAGGUGCGGAGCUUCCUACUGUUCGCCUUCGGUCCCGUGGUGGAACCUUACGAAACCGACCACUGUGUGGUGCCCAAGAGGCACAAGGAACUGUUGUCCAAGGCGUGGGGCAACGCCAUACCCAUUAUUGUCGGCGGAAACUCCUUCGAGGGCUUGUUUUCCUACCAAUUGGUGAGAAACGACCCGUGGGCCCUGAAAAACUUUCACAACAUCCUCCCAAGGGAGGUCAGGGACACCAGCAGUCUGGAAGGGCAGGAUCUACUCGUCAGGCGACUAAAGAAACUCUACUUCAACAACGAGAUGCAGGAAUCGAUGGAGGUCUUUGCGGCCCUAAACAUAUAUUCGCAUCGCCAGAUUUGGCACGAUACGCAUCGCUUCAUUCUCGCCCGCCAGUCCUAUGCCCCCAAAAGCGCCACCUAUCUUUACCGUUUCGACUUCGACUCCCCGCACUUCAACCAAUUCCGGCGAUUGGUGUGCGGCGAUCGGAUUCGCGGAGUAGCCCAUGCGGAUGAAUUGUCGUACCUGUUCUACAACAUCAUAGCCUCCAAGCUGGCCAAGUCGUCGAUGGAGUACAAGACCAUAGAGAGAAUGGUGGGCAUGUGGACGUCGUUUGCCUCCAGCGGGGAUCCGAAUUGCCCGGAACUCGGAUCUGCCAAGUGGGAACCCGUACAGCCGAUGGAAAACGCCGUGGAGCAGUGCUUCAACAUCAGCCACGAUCUGGAAAUGCGGGAAUUGCCGGAGGCCGACUGCCUGGCGGUGUGGGAUACUUUUUAUCCCAGGGAGGCUCUCUUCUAGUGCUCAAGUCUUCAUCAAUGUACUUUACUUACUUACAUUAUUUAAUAUCGUUUCGAAAUUCCACUUUUUCCUUUGCCCUAAUGAUGAAUAAAUACUUAUACAUAGUAAGGUAUCUCCAUCGCUUUGGCAACAGUA